ACGAGAAGCAGUGACUACAGUCGGGUUUAGGGCUUUGGGCCAGCAAAUUCACGUUGCAGGAUCUUGUGGGCAAUGUGCAAUACCUUUUCAGUUGAGGAGGAAUUUUGAUUCAGGACGAGACUAGCGAACCCGUGGACGCAGGGACUCUAUGGAGGAUAUUCCGCGCGAGGAUGUUCAGACGAAGUCUCAUGGUGAUAACGUCAUACGAGAAAUUGAUGUUGAGGAGAAAAGCUCAAUGGAAGUAGACGAGAUAAGGGUAGGGGCUGGGGCUGCCGUUGCUGACGAAGCUGCUCAAAUACCAAUUCCCCUUGAUCUUUACCCUGCCGCUCAUGAACUACCACCUCGUCCUCCUCCCGCCAACGAAUGCAACUACUCGCACUUUUACGCAAUUGAUGUUGGUAAGGAAUACCAUGACCAGUACGUUUUCAGACAUCACAAUGGACUUUGCGUCAUAGGGCUGGCAUCAACUCAUGCGGCGUUUAUGAUAGAUACUGAACUUACUGGUGUUGAUUACAAUGUCGGUAAAACCAGUCGAGCAGAGAUCAAAGCGGUGGGGAAGCGAAAGAAGAAUGCCCAAGUACUUGAGAGUAACUCAGUUCUUUGCAAAGUCUUGGCUGGAGAGACUUUCUUUCUUAUCAGAUGCUGUGUCAGAGGUACACUACUGGAGGUGAAUAAUCGGCUCAUAAAAGAAUCUCAUCUGAUUUCUCAACGGCCAGAUACGGAGGGUUACAUUGCGAUCAUGAUGCCUCGACCUGAGGAUUGGAAAAAAGCUCAAGCGUCGCUUUUGACUAAGGAUCAGUACAGAGAGCGACGAGGAAUCUUAUGUUCUUGAAUUGAACCCAUCUAAUUUUGAUCUCACAGAGCCAAUUUUCUAGGACUAUACGCGGAUCGAUAUUUGUUAUCUAUGUCAAUUGCUAUUUAGAAUUUCCUUCUCCCUGUCAUCCAGCAUUUGUUCAGUUUAGUAAUCAAUCUUGCAGAACAUGCGCAAGGCAUCGUUUUUCUGAAGCUAAGUCUUUACUACUUCUAUUUGAUGAAUUUUCCAGUAUCCUUAGCCACAUAAUGAGCUAGUUAGCUGUGUACCACCCGGUGGACCCAGAUGGAGGGAGUUGUGGGUAUAGAAUACGAUUUCUCUUUUUGAUAUAAGUCGUUGGAUGUUGAUCCACGCGCUUUCACACCCUUACACUGAUAAACUCAUUCAUGUUUGAGAGAUC